GCUCUUCUUCCAGGACUGCCCUGGGCACGGAGCUUUCCCGUUUAGGAAGACUGGAGCUUUUCUGGAAACAGACCCAACUGGGCUUUAACCGAUUCAUGGCAGAGACCCUGAUCCCUGUGACUCCUCUGAAUCUCUGUUGCAGGAACAGAAACACCCAAUCAAUGCUUUGCACACAGCCUGGGGCGUCCACCACCAAGCCAGCCCUCCUCUUACGGCUCCUGGACAAAGUGUAUUGAAAAAUUCACGUGGCAUGAGAGGAUGACAGAGCCCGGCGGCCCCCCGAGGCGCACACUUUGCUUUUUGUCUACGCUGCUUUCCCAGAAGGUUCCGGAGCGGUCGGACGCUGUGCUUCGCUGCGUAGUAUCUGGUCAGCCCAAGCCGGAGGUAACUUGGUAUAAGAAUGGUCAAGCUAUCGAUGAAAGUGACAUGGUUUCCAGUUAUGAGUUCUUUGAGAACCAGUACAUCCACCUGUUACGUCUCUCCUGCUGUACCGCGGACGAUGCUGCUGUUUAUCAGGUCACGGCUAAGAACUGCUUCGGGAUGAUCUGCUGCUCUGCUUCCAUUGAGGUCCAGCGCUCAGCAGAGAACCCCCAGCUCUCUUCUACCCUGGAAGGUGACAGGGACGCAGGUUGGGAACAGGAAACAGGGACACAUGAAGAGGGAAGUGCAAAUCAAACUGACAAGGAAGAAUGUCCUUGGGAGGAGGAAGGAAGCAUCUCUCGGGGUACGCCCCUGACCGCUGGUUCCGACCCCCACAGACUCAACUGUCCACACUCACUCCAGCUACGGGCCACGGACGCCACUCAUGCAUCCAGUUCUGAAAUUGUCCCGGAUGUUAAAGACGCGAGGCAAAACAGUAACACAGAGGACUUGCUAGAUGGGUUGUGUUUUCUCCAUUCAACAAAUACUCCCGACAAACAAGAUGAGAGUUGUCCCCAGACGGGGCAUUCCCAAGUAGCACAGCCGAUGGGUGAUGGCCUCAACGCCAGUGGCCCUAGUGAUGCAGAGUCAGCCUCCCGUCAUCAACAGCCCAAAGCACACAAGUACAUCAGCUGCAGCCUCCCGCUCUCCCUGGUGACCGAAUGCCUUCACCCAAGAGCCAGCGCCCCGGACCACGAGCAAGUCAGCCCACAAGUUUCCAGCGAAGACUCCGACAGUGACUAUGAACUCUGCCCAGAGAUAACCCUAACCUACACGGAGGAGUUUUCAGAUGAUGACCUGGAGUAUCUGGAAUGUUCCGAUGUUAUGACGGAUUACUCUAAUGCAGUCUGGCAAAGGAACCUGCAGGGGACUGAGCAUGUUUUUUUAUUAGAAAGCGAUGACGAAGAGGUGGAAUUCAGUGAGUGUGGCCUGGGUGGGCGUGAGCAUUUCCUAAGUGUAAUGGGUUGUGGGCCUCGGGUGUCGGGUGACACCGGGCCUAUGGAUGCCACUGCUGGCUUCUGUGGUCAUCACUCACAACCCCAAGAAGUGGGGACGAGGAGCAGCAGCGCCUGCAGGCCCAGCUCCCCGGCCCUGUGGACGCUGGGACCUCACCCCGCAAGACCAGCCCCGCGGAAGGAACAGGGGAGCGCUCCAGCACCCCCCGCGGCUUCCGAGGCUGCUGAAAAUGAUUAUCCAGGAAUUCAAGGAGAAACCAGAGACAGCCACGAAGCGGGAGAGGAGUUACCCGGCGACGUUCUGCUAACCACGGAGAGAGCAGUGGUAGAGAAGGAGUCGGAGCCCUGGGCUGGGGGGUCGGGGAUGAUGCAGUGCCCGGGGACUGUGGGGGAGAGGGACUCGGGGAGCAAGCAGGGCUCCCAGAAACCUCCCAGGGGGAGGCGCCUGGGAACAAAGGGAAGGCCCAGGCAGCUGAGGGCCAACCUGCCAGAAAGCGCUCCGGAGUCCUCGGAUCUCCUCCAUCCCUGGGACACUGCUGAGCACCCACCGAUCUGGAGUGCUGUGAGAGGGGCUCCCCUGGCCAGGGCAGACGCUGCUGCCGGGACUGCCCGUGUCCGCGCAGGGGAACAUGCUACACCAGCCCAGACACAGCGAGACGCCAAACCCCCUCCCACGCCCGCAGCCUCACUCCCCCAAGGAAGGGAUGCAAGCCUUGCAGAACAGAUGCAGGGGAAUGACCCGAUGGAAAGAAGCCAGGUUCCAGACCACAGCGAUCCUCUUCAGGUGCCAACACAGGACAUGCCCGGGGAAAGAACCUCACUCUGCCGGAUGCCAGCUUCCUCAGUGCCUGGUGGGCAGGAGGCUCCGUUCCCUGGGACCACAGCAAACUCCUCCCCCAACUCAGAAGGAAUCCACAGGGAAAACACAUCACUGGCUCAAUUCCUGGAGGCCCAAAGCUGCACUCAGGGCCCACAGCAGGCAGGAAAAGAAGACCGAGAAGAGAACACACCCAGAGGCUUCUGGAAAGACCUAGAACAUGUGCUGAGCACCCCAGCAGUCAGCGAAGGAAACACGUCCCUGGGUGCAUGCUCAGCUCGUCUCCCCAGGGACACCAGCACUGACCACAGGCGGCACAACUCUCUCUCUGUUGCUGGCCCUGACACUGCCCACACCUUGGAAACCGUGUGUGAUGGCUCAAGGGACACAGGAACAGUGUGCGUGACGGAGUGCUUUGAAGCUGGUAACCAAGGCACACGCUGCGAUACCGCGGAUUCUCCUGUUGGAGCCUCGGUUGAUACAUACGUGCCUCAAGAACUGUGCUCCAUGGGCUGCAAGGUGGCUGAAGGUCAAAGUGAAGAGCGUGAUUUACGUUCUCGUGAGCACAAGACGCUGGGUGUUUUUUCUCAAGCACAAGGCCCCGAGCCUCUCCGGACUACAUGCGGAACAUCCCCUGUUUUCAUCAGCACUUUCACCUGGACCAUCUCAUGUGAGAACAGCGAAGCUGACGCCGAGGACAAGCCAGCCGGGGUGGGGAAUUCCACCUCCACCUUGGCCUCCACGCUGCAGGAGGAGGAGCCGAGCCCCGGGAACUGGCAAGGCCUCGAAGCAACGCAGUUCCUCUCUUCUCAGGACAACUCCUGGGUGCGGUUUAAAGCAGGAGGUGCCCCAGAUGCACCGGCCAGUCACAGUUCAAGCAUGGAGCAUCCCCAGGGGAAGCCCCCAGCAUUGUCCACCAGCAUUGAGUGUCUCCAGGGGACCAGGAAGAUUGAGGAUCCAUCAAUGGCUACUGUGGCCACGGAAGCCCACGUGGCCAAAUACCGAGCCAUGUCCAUCGCUGAGAACAGCCACGCAGACGGUGCCCAGAAGAGCCCAAGAGUCUCCCAUGGGCGACCAGGCCCCGCUGUAAGGGAUCCCACAAAUGAAUCGACACAAGAGCAGCCUUGCGUGGUACCCAGGGCCCCAGGACAUCAGGGGUGUGUGGCCCAGCUCCCAGCGGGCGAGGGUCUCUGCAGCAAUCCCCCUCUUCAGAUCGCUAGCCCAUCUGCGGACACAGCAGUCAACAGGCACCUUGGAGAGGAGUGCCGAGACGGAGGAGGUGAAACACAGUGGAGAGGCCGGCAGGACCGCUUGUCCUGCCAGGGUUCGCUCUCUGCCGAUGACUUCCAUGGGAGCCUGCCCACCACGUCUCCUGCCCAGGAGGAAGCACCCUCGGUGCCCCUGGACCACGCCACAGCAAAUUCCAGGGAAGAAGGCAGGCAGAGCCCGGGCCUGGGUACGAGUGGCUCCGUGGUGACCGAAGCCACUGUGGCCGCAGACAGUCAGGCUCUGAGCACCAUUCCGUCUCUCUCUGAGAUCCUCCUGGACAUACCUAAGGGGACUGGACCAGGAGGCUGGGAAGCAGGCAGAAAGCUGAGAAUUAUUACGCUCGAGGCUCCUCUGUCAGAGAUCUGGCCACCAAGACAAGCGGCAGAUUCUGAGUACAAGGAGUCAGAUGUUCGUCCCCAAAUUCCUGACCACAGCGGGGCUGUAUCUGAUGCUCUAAAAAAGGCGAGCGGUGCCCUGUCGGACCCGGACUGCCUGGAAACCGCAGCAUCGGCGAUGCACCAUCCUCAGGAUCAGCCUCACCUGGCCCUUGCAGACAGCAGAGAGACGUGCAGAGGCGGACGGCCCGCCUCCAGCACACACUGGAGCAGUCUCUCUUCCCAGUAUCUGAGCCAGGCCGGGCUGCUGGAGUCCUCAGUGGACCCCAUAGACAAGACGGAGUUAUCCGUCGGGGAUUUGCUGUCAGAGACUUCCAAAACUGGGGGGAAAGAACAUGUCAAGAAUGCGAGUGAGGACCCCCAGGAAACCCAAUUGGGGCUGGCGCGCCCUGUCUCGUUUAAAAGGCUGCUGAGCUGCCCGGGCAUCCUGGAGUCCUCUGUGGAUCCCACGGAUGUCACCACAGCUGUCGUGGAGUGCACCAGGGCUGAGAAGCCAGAGCCUUCCGAAACCACCCAGGGGGCCACGGGACAGGGGAACGAUGGACAUUUGGGUCAGAGAGUGGGAGUCCAACCUGCUCUUUUGCAAGCUCCAUGUCCCCAGGAAGGGAGGGAAACCAUUCCCAGGGCAAACAGAAUCAGCCACGACCAAGAGUACAGCGAGAGACAGGAUGAACACGACCAGGCAGGUGCAACAGUCACUCCCGCCACUGGGCUAGUCCCUCGUCCUGAUGACUCCAGAGAAACAAUUCCCAGGGGAAGCAGCAUAAGCCAAACCCAGGAAGUGGGCAACGCGGAGCACAGGCUCCCCGCUCCGCCUCUGUCCAGCUGUCCUGCAGCACCAGCACCUGCACCUGCUGGGCUUGAUACUCACAACCUCACAGGUCAGAACCAGGACAUCCCUGUGAAUGACGUAGGUGAGCAACGUGUGUUUUCUGACGCAAAGGGAAAAGGAGCCAUCGAGAAGGAGCCUGAGAGACACGUGCUGUCUUCCAGAGACUUCAUGCUGACCCCUCGUGCUUCCUCUCCAGAAAGAAACAUCACACACCUCUCCAGGAGCCGUAGCAUUGAAGAACCGAAAAUGAAGGCACUCCAGACAGGGGAAAGCAAACCCCCGAGCUCCUCUGGAUCCUCAGAAAUGACCCUGGCACCCAUUCCAAGAGAAUGGGAGCCAGAGAAAGCCCUUAAGUUACUGCAGACCCCGACUCCGAAGGGCUGCAGCCCGAGCAGGGGGACAAAGUCGAGGGAGAAGUGCAUCCCCGUGGCAGCACAGCCAGCCAGAGGCCCAGCAGCCCCAGCGGCAGGGCCUGGAGCAGACGAGGGCAAGAAGCAGCAAGAGGUCCCCGCAAGUGGACACUUAACUGAGGGAGUAAAGAAGAAAAUCCUGUCCCGCGUGGCAGCCCUGCGACUGAGGUUGGAAGAGAAGGAAAACGCCAGGAAGACCACGAGCUUUCUUAAAAAGAUCCCUAAACCAGAAACAUCGUUACCAUGCGCAGAUGAGGAAAGGCACCCCAAAACGCCACCUUGCAAAAGAGAAGGCAAAGCUCCAGUGUUACUGAGAAAGAUCCAAGCUGAGAUGUUCCCUGAUCGCUCGGGAAAUGUCAAAUUAAGCUGCCAGUUUGCAGAAAUUCACGAAGAUUCUACCAUCUGGUGGACAAAAGAUUUAAAGUCAAUAGCCCAAGUACAGCGAAGAGCAGGGGACAACUCCACGGUCUCCCUGUCCAUCGUCCAGGCCAGCCAGGAGGACCAGGGCCUCUACACUUGCUGCCUUGAGAACAGCUACGGGAAAGCCACGGCUCAGUUCCACCUCACGGCUGAAGGUGAGCCUCGGCUCCUCCGCCACUCUCUUUGUCUUCUAGUUCUCAAACAGCUGUCAAGUCGCCAGAACACCAGAGGCUGCGAAGAGAUUGAAUUCAGCCAGCUUAUCUUCAAGGAAGACUUCCUGAGCGACAGCUACUUUGGGGGCCGCCUGCGGGGCCAGAUUGCCACCGAGGAGCUGCACUUCGGCGAGGGGGUGCACCGCAAAGCCUUCCGCAGCACGGUCAUGCGGGGGCUCACGCCCGUCUUCAAGCCCGGCCACGCCUGCGUACUCAAGGUGCACAACGCCAUGGCCUACGGGACCAGGAACAACGACGAGCUCAUCCAGAAAAACUACAGACUCGCCGCCCAGGAAUGCUACGUUCAAAACACUGCCAGACACUACGCCAAGAUCUAUGCUGCAGAAACACAGCCUCUGGAGGGCUUUGGAGAAGUGCCAGAGAUCAUCCCUAUUUUCCUCAUCCAUCGGCCUGAGAACAACAUCCCUUACGCCACCGUGGAGGAGGAGCUGAUUGGCGAAUUCGUGAAGUAUUCCAUCCGAGACGGGAAGGAAAUCAACUUCCUGAGGAGAGACUCAGAGGCUGGUCAGAAAUGCUGUACCUUCCAGCACUGGGUGUACCAGAAAACGAGUGGCUGCCUCCUGGUCACGGACAUGCAGGGUGUGGGGAUGAAGUUAACCGACGUCGGCAUAGCUACGUUGGCCAAAGGGUACAAAGGGUUCAAAGGCAACUGCUCCAUGACCUUCAUCGACCAGUUUAAGGCACUGCACCAGUGUAACAAGUACUGUAAGAUGCUGGGGCUGAAAUCCCUUCAAAACAACAACCAGAGACAGAGGCGGCCGAGCCUGGGGAAAAGCAGAACGCAGGCGAGCUCCACGGCAGCAAGGAAGCCGGGGCCCGGGAGCCCAGCGGAUAAGACAUUGUAACGUGGCCAGCGGCGCCCCACGCAAGAGAACGCUCAGGCCCCAGCCAGAAGAGCUCCCAGAAGCUUCCACACCCUGCACCUGCUGUCCUACCAGAGCUUUCGGAACAGCCAUUUCUGACCAGACUCCAGGAGACACUGCAACAGGUGGCAGCCUCAAAGACAGUCUCCGCUCCUCGGAUACUCGGUCAGCGUCUUGGCCCUCCUCACGUCAUGUGCGUGUCUGCGUAUUGCACGUGGUUGUGUUGUCAAUAUCCCUCCCAUUCCCACUCCUAACCUCACAUCUCCAGACAUACCCAGCUGCGAUGGGAUGGAAACCAGGAUUCCCUUACUGGGUCAAGCCCUUGAACCAGUGUUGAGCAUGCCAUCAUGGCUGGGCUGGCUUUUGACACAUAAGGUCCUUCCUUUGGUGACCACACAGCCAGUUAGUGUUCUGUCGCAUUAAAUUCCUAUUGAAACAAAAAGUGCAAGAUGCAUAUGUCACCAGAGAUGUUUGUUCUUUAGAAUCUGUGCUGUAUU